GCACAGAACUUGGGGAGCCGCUGCCGCCGCCAUCCACCGCCGCCAGCUUCCGCCGCUGCAAGACCGGCCUCUGCCCCAGCCUCCGCAGCAGCGCCGCGUCUGCUUCGGUCUGCGUCAAGGGCUAGCUUGGGGAUCCCACCUGUACCCUCCCCAGUGUGCCCUGAGCCCCGCAUGUGACCCAGCCAGUCCCCCGCGAGUGUGUCCCCGGUAGCUCCGGCCCUGGGCUGCGCCAGCCCGCUCCAACACCAGCUCUUCAGCCCGCUCGUCCGGGAUGGCCGCAGCCAAGACCGAGAUGCAACUGAUGUCUCCGCUGCAGAUCUCCGACCCGUUCAGCUCCUUUCCUCAUUCGCCCACCAUGGACAACUACCCCAAGCUGGAGGAGAUGAUGCUUCUAAGCAACGGGGCUCCCCAGUUCCUCGGUGCCGCCGGGGCCCCAGAGGGCAGCGGCAGUAGCAGCAGCAGCAGCGGGGGCGGUGGAGGUGGAGGGGGCGGCAGCAACAGCAGCAGCAGCAGCGCCUUCAAUCCUCAGGGGGAGCCGGGCGAGCAACACUACCAGCACCUGACUGCAGAGUCUUUUCCUGACAUCUCUCUGAAUAACGAGAAGGUGAUGGUGGACACAAGUUACCCAACCCAAACCACUCGGUUGCCUCCCAUCACCUACACUGGUCGCUUUUCUCUGGAGCCUGCACCCAACAGUGGCAACACCUUGUGGCCUGAGCCCCUCUUCAGCCUAGUCAGUGGCCUGGUGAGCAUGACCAACCCACCAGCCUCCUCAUCCUCAGCACCCUCUCCAGCGGCCUCUUCUUCCUCUGCCUCCCAGAGCCCACCCCUGAGCUGCGCAGUGCCAUCCAACGACAGCAGUCCCAUUUACUCAGCAGCACCCACCUUCCCCACGCCCAACACUGACAUUUUCCCUGAGCCACAAAGCCAAGCCUUUCCAGGUUCCACGGGCACAGCGCUCCAGUACCCGCCUCCUGCCUACCCUGCUGCUAAGGGUGGCUUCCAGGUUCCCAUGAUCCCCGACUACCUAUUUCCACAACAGCAAGGAGACUUGGGCCUGGGCACCCCAGAUCAGAAGCCUUUUCAGGGCCUGGAGAGCCGUACCCAGCAGCCUUCUCUUACUCCACUCUCUACUAUUAAGGCCUUUGCCACUCAGUCGGGCUCCCAGGACUUAAAGACUCUCAAUACAACCUAUCAGUCCCAGCUCAUCAAACCCAGCCGCAUGCGCAAGUAUCCUAACCGGCCCAGCAAGACACCUCCCCACGAACGCCCUUAUGCCUGCCCAGUGGAGUCCUGUGAUCGCCGUUUCUCUCGCUCUGACGAGCUCACUCGCCACAUCCGCAUCCACACUGGCCAGAAGCCCUUCCAGUGUCGCAUCUGCAUGCGCAACUUCAGCCGAAGUGACCACCUCACCACUCACAUCCGUACCCACACAGGCGAGAAGCCUUUUGCCUGUGACAUCUGUGGGAGAAAGUUUGCCAGGAGUGAUGAACGCAAGAGGCACACCAAGAUCCACUUGCGGCAGAAGGACAAGAAAGCAGAUAAAAGUGUUGUGGCCUCUUCAGCUACUUCCUCCCUCUCUUCCUACCCAUCCCCAGUUGCUACCUCUUACCCAUCCCCAGUCACUACCUCCUACCCAUCCCCGGCCACCACCUCAUACCCAUCCCCUGUGCCCACCUCCUAUUCCUCUCCCAGCUCCUCUACCUACCCAUCUCCUGUGCAUAGUGGCUUCUCUUCACCCUCUGUGGCCACCACCUAUGCCUCUGUUCCCCCUGCUUUCCCUACCCAGGUCAGUAGCUUCCCUUCCUCGGCUGUCACCAACUCCUUCAGCGCCUCAACAGGGCUUUCGGACAUGACAGCAACCUUUUCUCCUAGGACAAUUGAAAUUUGCUAAAGGGGAAAAGGAAAAGGGGAAAAGGGAGAAAAAGAAACCUAAGAGACAUAAAAGGACAGGAGGAAGAGAUGACCAUAAGAUGGGGUCUUCUCUUAGGUCAGAUGGAGGUUCGCAGAGCCAAGUCCUUCCUCUCUACUCAAAGGUCUGUGAGCCAACAAUCCUUUCUGCCCACUUUCCCUUUCUCCCCAAUUCCUAUUCCCUUUGACUUCAGCUGCCUGAAACAACCAUGUCCCAAGUUCUUCACCUCUAUCCAAAGAACUUGAUUUGCAUGGAUAUUGGAUAAAUCAUUUCAGUAUCAUCUCCAUCAUAUGCCUGACCCCCUUGCUCCCUUCAAUGCUAGAAAAUUGAGUUGGUAAAAUGGGGUUUGGGCCCCUCAGAGCCCUGCUCUACAUCCUUGUACAGUGUCUGUGCCAUGGAUUUUGUUUUUCUUGGGUACUCUUGAUGUGAAGAUAAUUUGUACACUCUAUUGUAUUAUUUGGAGUUAGGUCCUCACUUUGGGG